AUGAAUGAACAUCUCAUGAUUAUGUUCUACGAUCUUCUGUUGCUGGACGACACGGUCUGCGCUAGAAAAAGCCAUGCUAAGCGGCGACGACUACUUCGGUCUCUGGUUCGCCGGAUCCCUGGUCUUGCCGAGGUCGGGUUCCGCGAAGUGGUUGCAUUCUCCUCAGCCAAUGCUGCUGAGCGGCUCACUGAACUAUUCGCACGAGCCAUUACACAACGGUGGGAGGGACUGGUGCUGAAAGGUUGCAACGACCCUUACUUCACCUCCGAUUGCGACAAGUCAUCCAUCAAACUCAAGAAAGACUACAUUCCAGGCCUCGGUGACUCUGCCGACUUCACUAUUGUCGGUGGCAACCAUAGCGCGGAGGACGAACAAGAGAUUGGAAUUGGCAAGCUCUGGUGGACGUCGUUUUUUAUCGGAUGCAUGGAAAAUAAAGAUGAGGUCUGCCGUUAUAAUUCUAAGCCAAGACUUCGCAUCAUCGACAUCAUCGACAAACAUGGCAUCCCGAAAGACCAUAUGCAAUAUCUCAACCGACAUGGAUAUUUCACACAAAUACCCUUCAUUGAGUCCACGCCAAAUUUUGACGUGGUAAUACAGCUUGAAACCAGGCACUUCACACCUUCUCCCUCACUCGGCUAUGGCGACGAAGCGAACGAUCUAGGAGCCCCAGGACUGGGAACAAUAUUAGAGCCCGUGUGGAUAGAACUAUUGAUUAUUACCCCUAUCCACAAGUUGAUCUUUCGAGACGGAUCAAAUGCUCUGGAGCCCCCUAACCGACCUAGCUUCACUGACUUUGCUGAAGAAGCUACCCACUAUGUCGACCUUAACUCCAUAAAUCAGAGAGCUUAUUCUGUUGCUACUGCUGACUAUGAAAGCAGGCGUAGGGAAUACCUUUACGAGACUAAGCUAAUCACUGCAGCCCGUACAGCUAUUACGGAGUCUAUCAGCACUGCUAAACUUACCUCCCUUCGAGAGGGGGAUACGCUUCGGCAGUGGCUGCAGAAGCUGGAAGCAUCGACUGCUCCUUCACGCGGCUUUAUGACUGACCGAAUUAGGAAGCAGUAUUCUAGUCACCUUCAUGCUAGUACUAAGACUAACAUACUAGACUGGCUGACUAAGUGGGAAGAGAUUAUAGAAGAAGCUGACCUUUACUUCCUAUCUGAGGCACUAACAGGCCAGUGGCUACGAGAUAUAGCUAGCGUCAUCCGACCUCUUAGCGACGGAUACGCUACUAUCUUCUACGAAGAUAGCCGAAGAAUCGAUGAAGAAGCAGCAACUGCUCAAUAUAGGGUCUAUCAAGCUCUUCGACCAGACUCUAUAGGAAGCACGCCUACUUUGGCAGCAGUACCACCUUCUUCGACUCACUGGACCUUUCAGCUUGUUGCUAGAAAAAUCAGAGAAAUUGCAGAGCAACAGCCGCACCAGCAGAAAGGAGGAAUCAAGAGAGGUGCCGGCUUUCUAGCUGAUAAAGAAACUGAUGAAAACAACCCUUCUGAAGAAAGACCGAAAAGAAGAGAAAGGGAAGAAACCUGA